ACACGCCCUGACCCCACCUUUCGACGUCGCACGCCUGACUCCGGGAGUGACGCAGCCGCGUCCCGUGCCUACGGCAGGCCGCUGGUGUCUAAGAUCAUCGUGAGCAAACGCAGAACGUUUUCUUAUCGCAGGUAUUUUUCACAUCAAUGGACAUUUUAUAAUUCAAUAUGGAGCAGGAAAAGAGUCCAGAAGGCCAGUCUUUAGCAGAGGAAGCAGUUGUUGUGGAAGAGAUGGAUAGCAAAGGCAACAUCAAUAAAGAGUACCACUUGACUCAAAGUGUCGGAGAGUCAGACUAUGCAAGUACUAAAAGGCCACUUUCACAAUCCUCUAAUUCCAGUGAAAUGGCCGGGGAGGAGUUUGAAAACCCCUCGUCAGCAAAACGGAUAAAGCGUGAGACAGAGGUGUCUAUUGUUAGUAAAUGUAAUGAAAACCAGCCUUGUUCCCAUACAAAUCAAACUGAGACAAAUGAAAGUGAUUUGAUCCCCAAUAAAGUACAGUCACCACCUUGUUCAGAAGAACAAUCUGCAUUUACUCAAGAAGAACACAGCGAUCACAGACUGAUACACCCAUCUCAAAAACUUACCGAUAGCACUGUUGAGAAUAUUGUUGACAAGAAUAUUAAAAAAGUAGAAGAUAUCGUUUCCUCCAGUAGUGAUUUAAGUAAGAAUGUUGAUGACCAGGAACGUGGCAUUACUUCAGUGAACACUUUGACGGGCCCUGAAGCUGAGAUCAAAACACAAGGCAGAGUCUUCUACUGCAAAAAAUGUGAUUUCCAAUGUUUGGAUAAAAACCUUCUGCUUGCUCAUGUUAACGAUUCAGCUCAUCCUAAAAGAAAAAGUUCUAUGAAAGAAAAAGAAACAGGAAAGAAGAGUAGUAACAAAAAAACAAAACUGAACACCAGUAAAGGUGUAAUAAAGCAGUCUAAUCCUUCCCCUGCUAAGGUAAUAGACUGUAACACUGUGUACUCUAAAUUGUUAUCAAGCAAGGAUAAUGUGAGGCACUUCCCAGCACCAAUGACAUCACCAUGCAAAGGUGAAGACAAAAUGUUGACCUGUGGUUCCACAUUGGGUAAUUCUGAGAAAAAGCUGAGGAACAAGUUGAAAAACACCAAAACCUUAAAAUCUGUCAGGAAUAAGUCUGAAAUAGAAAAAGAUGUAAAAAUGUUAGAAACUAUUAGCAGAAUAAUAGCCAAAAGAAAGCAUGACAGGAGGGAACACCAAGGAACUGGAAGAUGUUUGUUUAGAAAAAAAUAUGGUUUUAAGCAUUUUAAAAAGCACUUGCAGUUGAUGAGUAGUACUAAAAAAGGCAGACUUAAAGAUCGGAUUGUGUACUUAAAAGGUAAUUUAAAACCAUAUAUAGAAACAUUACAUAUAUAUUCAGCAGCAGCAGAAUCAUUGCAAACUUCAAAUACCACUCAUCAGAAUGUGAUGAAAGACAUAGUACAAAGUACUUUUACAUUACCUUCUUCUGCGUUUAGAAUAAUACAUUCUACACAACCUGGGGAGCUGUAUGGUUGUGAUUACUGUAAAAGUUAUGUUAACACCAAAGAGAACAUGUUUAUUCAUUUUUGGAGGAAACAUGCGGAGCUAAUGCAGUGUUACUGUCAAGUGUGUGGCUAUUCAUGUGUGACACGAGGGGACUUUGAAAAGCACUGCCAAAAUGACAAACAUAAGAAAGGAAGUGUGUUGUUAAAAUGUUACCUAUGUGGGUUAGAUGCUUCACAUGAGUCAACCUUCAAAACUCACAUGGGUGCUGAACACAAGAUGUACUUCUAUUGUAGUGUUUGUAAGGUUUACUUCAAAUCGAAUGAUGACCGCCUGCACCAUGAAACAGCAGUGGAGCACAUCUGGGAACAUAGACAAAGCCCAGUUAGUACUGAUGAAGGCAAAUUGGAAUUAAAGAUCAAUCUCCCUGAUAUUUGUCCCCCAGAAAAUAGACGUAGUGCUGCUGGUAGUACCAUUGAAUUAACCAUGGGUGGUGAUGUAGCGAAUCAGGCUAGAAAGCCUCAGUUUCAAUGCAAAAAGUGUUUCUAUAAGACAAGAUCAUCAACAGUCUUGACAAGACACGUCAAGCUCUACCAUGCACAUGAUUAUCACUUUUUAUGCAAGGCGUGCAACAUUUACACAAUGUAUAAGGAAGGCAUGGAAAGACACAUUAAAAGAAGCAAGCAUAUUGAAAAUGCUAAGAAAAACAACAUUGGAUUACUUUUUGAGGAAUGUAUAGAAAAGGUUUCAUUUGAUGGAGUUAUAGAGCCUGCCAUGUUACAGAAAGGUAAUCCCCAAUGUGAGGACUUCCAGGCCGCUCAUACAAGCUCUGAGAGCACUGCAUCUUCCACUGGAGAAUCAUUAUGUUCUAAGCACUCCCCAAGUCAACCCAGCCCCAUUCUUGCAAAUACACCCAAAAGGGGGCGACCAAAGGGUAAUCUCUCUAUCUCAUGCACUCACUGUGGACUUAUGGCAUCUAGUGUUACAAACCUUAAAGUACAUAUAAGGAGGAAGCAUACACAUCAAUACAACUAUAAAUGCAAGGUGUGUAAUUAUGACACUGUAACUAAAGGUGAUAUGGAACGCCAUUGUAUAACCAAGAAGCAUAAAAACCGUGUAGCAGAGCACAAGAUUAGCCAACAGAAAACAGACAUUGUGGUUACCACAGAUGGUACAAAGUUUGAAGCUGCUAUCAAGAAAAAAGGAAACCUAGCUGCUGUUACUAAUGAGCAUGUUUAUGUUGGUGCAUCAUCACACCUUGCCCCCUAUUCUCAGAAGGAACAAGCUGUAAAUACUGAUCAUUCAGUUACUCCACAGAUGGAAACCUCUUUAUGUGAGUCUCUCGACAAAGUUGUAGGAGAGAAUGUUGGCCAGACGGGAUAUGUUAAUGUCCGUAAUAACAAAUGUGCUAAUUGUGAUUUUGUUGGGGAUUCUGCAUCUCUAGCAAUGCAUGUGAGAAAUACACAUGGAAAGGAAUUUGAAUACUACUGUAAGGCAUGUGAUUACUAUGCUCUAACUCACAAGGAGAUGAUCACACAUGCAUCUAGUGAGAAGCAUAAGGUCAACCAUGAGUCUCCUCAGUCCAGCACUUUGCUUGUGGACACACUGGCUUGUAAUUUACCGAAUUUGCCAGACAGUGUUCCUAAAGAAUCCGUUCAUGAAAAACAAAGGGAAGGGUUAGUAGAAUGUGAUCAGAUCCCUCAAUCAAAUAUAAGCAAUUGCCCCUCUUUUCAGGAAAAUAGCAAUACACCCUUGGAGGCUUCUAAAAUGGCAGUUGCAUCUGAACUCAUGGAAAGUAGCGAAGUUCUAAAGCAAACCUAUGAAGGAAACCCUGCUUUACUGGUGAAAGAGGGAAGGGAUGAUAAUAUUUCAGUGGACUUUCCUGCACAAGCAUGUACUGUUAAAGUAUGUCUAGGAAGUGCAGAGACUGAAGAUAAAGAUAAGUUUGAGGGAAAUGAUGAAGCAGGUGGAGCUCAAGUGUUGGUGAAUGAAGAAGGAGCUGGUGAUUUGUUAGAAUCCUGUAGCACAGUUAACACAAGCAGUUGUAUAACCAAUGAACAUUUCUUUGACUCUUCAAUUGUUAAACUCAAAAUUGUGUGCGACGAACUCUCAGACAAACAUACAACCAGAACAAGUAAGAUUGUUGACCUUGAACCUAAAAUACUUCAGCCACAGGUUAUAAAGAAGAAGAAAACCAAUGGCACUAAAGGCAAUGCAAACCGAAUACGUUGCGAUGACUGUGGUUUUCUGGCAGAUGGACUCAGUGGAUUGAAUGUUCACGUUUCCAUGAAGCAUCCAGUGAAAGAAAAACACUUUCAUUGCUUACUCUGUGGUAAAUCCUUUUUUACUGAAAGUAAUCUCCACCAGCACUUGGCUAGCAUUGGCCACAAAAAGACCGAACUGGCCAGCUUUGAUGAACUACCUGAAGGAGGUGGAACAUUUAAAUGUGUGAAAUGCACAGAGCCUUUUGAUUCUGAACAAAGCUUAUUUAUUCACAUUAAGGAACAGCAUGAAGAACUUCUUAGAGAAGUAAACAAAUAUAUUGAGGAGGACACAGAGCAAAUAAACCGUGAGAGAGAGGAAAAUCAGGGAAAUGUCUGCAAGUUCUGUGGGAAGAUCUGUAAAAGCAGCAAUUCCAUGGCAUUCCUUGCUCAUAUCCGCACCCACACAGGAUCAAAGCCAUUUAAGUGCAAAAUAUGCCACUUUGCUGCAGCUCAACUUGGUGAUGCCAGAAACCAUGUGAAGAGACACCUUGGGAUGAGAGAAUACAAGUGUCAUGUUUGUGGGGUGGCUUUUGUUAUGAGGAAACAUCUGAACACCCAUUUACUCGGAAAGCAUGGAGUUGGUACACCGAAGGAAAGGAAAUUUGGCUGCAACCUCUGCGAUAGAAGUUUUAGAGAGAGAUGGGCCCUGAACAACCAUAUGAAGCUGCACACAGGCGAAAAACCAUUUAAAUGUACCUGGCCCACAUGCCAUUAUUCUUUCCUCACUGCCUCUGCCAUGAAAGAUCAUUACAGGACUCACACAGGCGAAAAGUCGUUCUUGUGUGACCUUUGUGGCUUUGCUGGUGGGACCCGUCACGCCCUUACUAAGCAUCGGAGACAGCACACAGGUGAGAAGCCGUUUAAAUGUGAUGAAUGCAACUUUGCUUCUACAACUCAGUCUCAUCUAACACGGCACAAGCGGGUCCAUACAGGGGAGAAGCCAUAUAUGUGCCCAUGGUGUGAUUACAGGUCGAACUGUGCUGAAAACGUUCGCAAACAUAUUUUACACACUGGCAAGCACGAUGGAGUGAAGAUGUACAAUUGUCCUAAGUGUAGCUACGGAACCAAUGCCCCGAUGGAAUUUCGAAACCACCUAAAAGAACAACAUUUGGACAUCGAGAACCCAGACUUGGCAUAUCUUCAUGCUGGUAUUGUUUCAAAAUCUUUUGAAUGUCGACUGAAAGGACAAGGUGCAAACUUUGUGGAAACUGAUAGCCCAUUCACUGCAUCUGCAAUUUCAGAGCCGCCUGCUGCUAAAGAAAAUAUCCGAAGCACCAGAAAACCAGCCCUAUCAACUGAACAUGUGCAACAGGUCAUUAUCAUACAGGGAUUUUCUGAUGAGUAUGAUGGCAAUUUUACUAUUGAUACAUCUGUAGAGGAGACUGCAGCAGCUACCCUCCAGACUUUGGCUAUGGCUGGUCAAGUAGCAAGAGUGGUGCACAUCACUGAAGAUGGCCAAGUUAUAGCUACUGAUCAAGCCAGUCACAUGGGCAGCAUCAUUCCUGGGGAAAUUCUCGGCGAGCAGCUAUCAGGAGGAACAACACAAGUUGUGGUAGUUGAAGGCUCUGUGGAGGAAACAGAUGUUGCUGAGUCUGUUGCCAUAGAGACUGUAACUGACUCCAGUGGUAAUGUGGUCCAGCAAGUGAUGGCACAGCGUAUUUUAGAUACAUCACAGAAUGUGCACACUUCGGAUUCCUCUUCUGCUCUAGAUGCCCUACUUUGUGCUGUAACUGAGCUGGGAAAUGCAGGAGAUGCAGAUAGUCAACAUAAUCGAGAAAAUCCAGAAAUAGAAGAGUCAUUGGUGAGGAUGACAAGUGAUGAGGAAUGCAUUGAAUCCGGUGGAGAAAUACAGAUGUUUCAUGAAGUCCAUGAAGAUCAGCAAGGAAUUGUUAGACAAGUCAUGCAUUCUUCAGGCUUUGUCACUUCCCAGGAAUCUGCAUUCAAGAAGAUGGUCCAGGGAGUCCUGCAGUUUGCAGUUUGUGACUCAGCUGCUGCUGAUCAGCUGAUGAAAGAGGGGGUCACUCAAGUCAUUGUAAAUGAUGAAGGCACUGUGCACAUGGUCUCCAGAGAAGGUCCUCGUUUCAUAAUGCACAACACAGAAAGCCAUACACUUAGCCUACCUGAUCAGCAAAUGAGAUUAGUUGAGUGUGAUGAUGGGGAAAUUUCACAGAUCAUCGUCACUGAAGAGUUAGCCAGGGCCAUGGUUCAGAAUGCCAAUGACCAUUUUGAGGAAGGCACGACACAUUACAUUGUGACUGAACUACAAGGAGAGAAAGAAUCCAACAUCUACUCACAUACAGUUAUAGAAACCGAGGAAUCGGCAGGCAUCGUGCAUGCUGAAACCAUUAUGGAUGCACAGGUGACUGUAGAUGACGCAUCGGAAGAGGUAAGUAGCAUGGUGGUCUACACAGAGUGCAGUUCUGAAGACUCAGCUGACAAGUCACAAACAGAGCAAUGAGACUAUCCUGGUUCCUAAAGCCACUAAAUAUGACUGGUAAAUAAUGAGUGCUAAUGAGACUCUUAUAGUGAUUUAUAUAAAAUAUUAUAUUUUCUCUCUUUUACAUGAAAAAGUGGUUUUAACCCAUUCAUUGCAGCAAAACCUUAAUAUAGAAUUUGUAAACAUGAAUAUGCUAUGAACGCUUCACUGGAAAGCAGAAUCACUAGCUGACAGGUAAUCUAAUAAUGACUGAGCAAUUACAUUGUUAAGCAGUGUUAUAUCACUGCCAGGGGCUACUCUUCAUUACUAUCCAACAUUAUUCCUGCAUUAUCAUUUAAAAGUUGUGAAAGCUGUCCUGUUUUAAUACCACCUUGGAGGUUUGUUCCUGUACUUUCAACAUUGCAUUUGUGUUCAUUUCUGUAUCUUCCGAGCUUCUACUGAUAUUAUGUAUUGAUUUGCUUAUUGGUGCACAUUUGUUGAUAAAUAUGGAUGCCGGAAUGUAGAACCAUCCCUCCGCAAUGCACUGCUAAUGCUUCUGACAUCUUGCCUUGAUCCUGCAGCAUUUUGAGAGAAUCAUUAGGUAUACUAGGGUGUUCUCUAAAUAUAUACUUAGACCGCACAGGGCAAAAUACUGCCUCAUUUUUCCCUUGAGAUUUCUAAAACCACUUUAAUUGCGCUGGAUAAUAAGGGAGGAGGUUAUUUGUCAGUAGUGUUGGGAAGUGCAGUCGGAAUACCAUGGCGCUGUUCGGAAUGCCGUUAGAUUGCAACCACCAACACUGCCAAUUGUCUCUUGCACAUAGAGCUACGAAGGAAAAUUAGCAAUGUCAGACUACUGUAAUUCUCGUGAGUAGGCACAGCCAUGCAUCGUAACCGCUCAUCCCCAAGAAUUUAAUUCCCCUAUAGCCGCCUCCUACUUUAUAUUUGUUGUACUACUGUAUGGGGCAUUUCCUAAUGGGCAGUAAUGUAGAUUUACUAGUCACAACGCCAGUAUUGCUCUGGUAUUUGUCCUUGCAUUUGAAACAGCCAUUUGUUUAAAAUAAUAAAGCCUUAAAUGUGUUUGGGAAAAUUAUAUAAAUUAAGUAUGUCACAUUCAAUUUGUUGUUAUUUUUUAAAUUCUUUAUUUUCAGAUUUUCUAGUCAAUGAACAUCCAUUUGUUUCUUAUUGGCUCGUCCAAUAUUUUGUUUUAUUACGGUCUCAAAACUAUUUAUCAGUAGAUACUGCUUACACCUUCCUAACACCCAUUAAUUACACCCAUUCUAAGAAUUGUGGCAUCUGUUUUGCACACCUGGGGACAGUAAGUGACUGACACUAUACGCUGCCAGUGCACAACAGGCAAAGAUUAAAAAGUGUAAGAUAGGCCAAAUAUUGAGCGACCUAAAUUCUAAAUGUAUAAAAUUGGUAGUGACAUUACUUUUCUACUUGCUUUUUUUGUAAGUCAUGGUAGGAUGGAGAGGAGAAUACAAAUUUAUAGCUACAUUAACUUGGCGUGUUGAAUAUUUUUUUAUUACAGUUAAGUUCUAAUAGAGAAAAUGGAUAAUCCAUAAUGAAAACUUGUCAGGAGUUAGAUCAGUCAGGAAGUAAAUUAAGAGUAAUACCCAACUGAAAUCCAGCUUUGCAAUCACAAGACAAGCGCCGCGACUACAGAUUCUACUAUUGUAACGGUAUCUGUUCUAUGCAUUAUAUUUUUUUGUACAUCUUGCUGUUUGAACCAACCAGAUUACACAGAUGGGCAGACUCAUUAUCCUGCAGGAGAAUCUUAUUGUUAUUACCGUUAAUUGUCAUAGCCUGGGCAAUAUGCUUUAGCUGGUUAUACAACCUGCUUUUAGCAUUAUACAGUAUAUAUCUUUGUGAUUCAUAUUGCUGUUAUUACUCUUGUAUAAGGGUACGAUGCUUUGUUAAUCAUCCUCAAAUAUCCUUAUAGAAUAUUUCUUUUUUUUCAGUCUGU